GCGGGCCUUGGGCGAUCUUCCGUUACUUCUGAACUCGGUCCAGGCGCGGAGGGGUUAAUGACCCGGCCCGGGAGUGUGCCCACAGGCCUGGGGGAAGCCGCCCAGAGCCCGCGACUUCCAUCACCGCAUAUUGCCGCGGACAGCAAUGGGAGCCCCGACGUAGCAGACGCUCUUAGUACAAUCCGGGGAUUCCCCGCCGCCGCCGCCCCCUGACGUCACGGAGUCCCCCGAGGCCCCGCCCCGGUUUCGCCUCCUUCCGCUGGAGGUGCGCGCGGUGCAGGCGCGGGAGCUACCAUGGAGGGGCCCGGCGCCCCCGGUGUCCCCUGGAAACGCCACAUAGUGCGGCAGCUUCGGCAGCGGGACCGCACGCAAAAGGCACUCUUCCUGGAACUGGUGCCUGCCUAUAACCGUCUCCUAGAGAAGGCUGAAUUGUUGACCCGGAUCUCAGAGAAGCUGCAGCCAGAGCCAAACGAUGCCACUCCUGCUACCCACCAGGGCCCCUGGGAGGAGGAAUCGGAGCCCGAUUCAGACCAAGUCCCUUCACCAACCACUCUGAGGAUGAAGUGGCAAGAGGAGGAGGAGGGGCUCCGGCUGGUCUGUGGUGAGAUGGCCUACCAGGUGGUGGUGAAGAGCGCAGCCCUGGGCGCCCUGGAGUCGACGCUGGAGGAGCGGCAGAGCAGGCUGGCGGCUCUGGAGGCCCGCGUGGCGCAGCUGCAGGAGGCGCGGGCGCAGCAGACCCGGCACCUGGACGCGCAGCGGGCGCUGAACGUUGCGCAGCGGGCGGCGUACGAGGCGCUCCGCGCGCAAGCCGGGCUCCAGGAGGCGGCCCUGCGUAGGCACGAGGAGGAGGCACGUGACCUGCUGGAGUGGCUCGUGCAGCGCAAGGCGCGCGCUGCCGCCGAGCGCAACCUGCGCAAUGAGCGCCACGAGAGGGCCAAGCAGGCGCGGAUGUCCCUGGAGCUAAAGAAGGCUGCCAAGCGGACAGUGAGCAUCAGCGAGAGUCCAAACACUGUAGGUGAUGGGAUCAGAGAGAUGGCUGAGACUGUGACCCUGACUGCUGAGCCCCUAUCCCUGGAGACUGAGGCUGGUGAGAAGUGGAAGAGGCCCUUCAGGUCUGCCUCCGCCACCUCCUUGACGCUCUCCCGCUGUGUGGAUGUGGUGAAGGGACUUCUGGAUUUCAAGAAGAGGAGAGGCCACUCUGUUGGAGGAGCUCCUGAACAGCGAUACCAGAGCAUCCCUGUGUGCGUGGCCGUCCAGCCUCCUACCCAGGUUCAGGAUGUGCUGAAUGCCCACCUCUCCGAGGUCAAUGCUGUUUGUUUUGGCCCCAAUAGCAGCCUCCUGGCCACUGGAGGGGCUGACCGCUUCAUCCAUCUCUGGAACGUUGUGGGAGGUCGUCUGGAGGCCAACCAGACCCUUGAAGGAGCUGGUGGCAGCAUCACCAGCGUGGACUUUGACCCUUCGGGCUCCCAGAUACUGGCAGCUACUUACAAUCAGGCUGCCCAGCUCUGGAAGGUGGGGGAGGCACAGUCCAAGGAGACACUGUCUGGACACACAGACAAGGUGACGGCUGCCAAAUUCAAGCUAACAAGGCACCAGGCGGUGACUGGGAGCCGAGACCGGACAGUGAAGGAGUGGGACCUCGGCCGCGCCUACUGCUCCAGGACCAUCAAUGUCCUUUCGUACUGUAAUGAUGUGGUGUGUGGGGACCAUGUAAUCAUUAGUGGCCACAAUGACCAGAAGAUCCGGUUCUGGGACAGCAGGGGCCCCUGCUGCACCCAGGUCAUCCCUGUGCAGGGUCGGGUCACCUCUCUGAACCUCAGCCAUGACCAGUUGCAUCUGCUUAGCUGUUCCCGAGAUAACACACUCAAGGUCAUUGACCUUCGUGUCAGCAAUAUCCGCCAAGUGUUCAGGGCUGAUGGCUUCAAGUGCGGUUCUGACUGGACCAAAGCUGUGUUCAGUCCAGAUAGAAGCUACGCACUGGCAGGUUCCUGGGAUGGAACCCUUUACGUCUGGGAUGUGGACACUGGGAAGCUGGAGGGCAGUCUCCGGGGAUCCCACUGCAUUCAGGUAGCAGAGAGAUCUUUGGGCUGGUGGCUCCAGGACACCUGUGCUUGGCUCCCUUUCCUCCUCCUGCACAGAGCUGGGGCAGAGCCAGUCUGGCCUCAGUGCUGUUCAUGUCUGAGGAGAAGGCAUGAAGAAAGGCUCAGAGGCGACAAAGGGCAGUGGCUCUUGGAGCCAUGGAAAUUUCACCCUUGGUCCAGGCUGGUCCAGAGGCCAAGCCAAUACCUUGGGUCCUCCUGCUUCAGGAGGGUAGACUGAGCUGUGGAGGGGCCAUGGGAGUUUGAGGAAGGGAGCAGGGGAAGCAGCCCAGAGGGGCUCUGGUGGAAAGGGUUCUAAUAAACUAGAGAGUGAGGUCAGGUACUUAGUACACCAGGCCUGCCUUUAGAUGGGGGCGUGUUCUUGCUCCAGAGGCAGAACCCUGAGUGAAAGGGAAAUAGCCUGAGUAUGUCUGUGUCUUGGGGAGGGCCCCCAUGGGCUGGGCCUGGGUUGGGGCUUGUUGGCAUGACAAGCCUCUGUGGUACUCAGCAGACCCGACAGGGCAGAGCCUGCACACCCCAGUUCCUUUGUCAACUUCAGGUAUGGAGGAGUCAUCAGCAGGACAGCCAUUGCCAGUCACAAGGCAGUCACAGGAAGAGACCUUCGUCCCUGAGUGAUGGAGCCUUACUUUUGGGAUUCUGCCCAUCUGAGAUUCAAAGGCUUCAAUCCAGAAUUAUCGGUUUUCUCCUUUAUCACCGUAGAAAGUCUCCCUUGGGGGGCCUUUGCCAUUUCCAGAAUUUGGAAACCAUUCCCAGGAUGAACAGCAGAUUGCUGAGAACCUGAACUCCACAGCCAGGCUGUCUGGGUUUGAAUCUCAGCCCACUAUUUAGUAGAGUGGUUUUGAGCAGGUUCCUUAAUAACUUUGUGCCUUAGUUUCCUCCUCUGUGAAAUGGUAUGCACCUCAGAGGUUGUUAGAAAGACUCAAUGUGUUGGUAUCUGUGAAGCUCCUGGCACGUGCCAAAGGCUGAGUGUUGAUUGAAUACCCAGUCUACACUCUGCUGACUCUCAGCUCACUCACUGCUCUUGGCCCAGCUGUCCCCUGAGCUCUGGGUGACAUACCCACCUGCCUCCUGGACAUCUCUCCCCCUGACAUAAGUGUCUCUUCCCCUCACAUCCCACAUCCUCUGGCACCUGGAGCCUCUAACCUGGCUGCAAUGCAGGCCACCUUCUCCUAGUCUCAUCUCUCCUCCCAGAACCCUCUUUGCCAAGGCCGGAGUGACUUUCUAAGAUGGCAUGCUCACAGGUACAACCCUCUAAAGUUCCCAGGCUGCCUGCAGAGAAGCUUGACAUUAAAUUCAAAGACCUUAGGAGCCAGCCCGUCGACCUCAGCUGCAUCUUCAUUUCCUUGCUACUCUGUUUUACACAUGGACUUUCCCUCUGCCCAGAAUGUUCUUCUCUCCCACCCCAGUUCCAAUUUGUCUUUCGGAUCUUCUCACUGAGAGCCUUUGCUCAUUUACCAGGCUGGCCAGGGGACUCCUCCAUUCUUGUGUUCAUUGGUGUCUCCUUCCCUCGGGAGCUCUUGGAAGAUGCCAGCAUGGGAACAGAGUAUUCCUUGAGAUUAGGCCUGGCACAGAGAGGGUCUGAGAAGUGUCUAUUAAAUGGCUAAACUCUCUUACUCAAGGACUCAGUAAACUUAACAGUUGACGCUGGGAGUGUAGUAUUAUUCCAGCCUGACUCCUGAAGGCCUGACACUCUUCCCAUCCUGUCCCAGCCCUCUUGUCCUGGCUUCUGGUGGCCACCAGGAGUCACCAGCUGCUUACUGUCUGCCAGGCCAUUCUCCAGUCUCCUGGGAUUCAUGGCUGGAAAGACCAGUGCCUCCAGUAACCACCAUUACUUACGUGCUCAUGUGUCAGGCACAGUGCUCUGCACUUUUCAUGCAGUAGUUUAUUCCUCCCAACCUCCUGGUGGGGUAUCUCUCAUACGUGAUAAAAUUGACAGGUAUUAUGUGAGGUCAUACAGCUGGCACAGCUGGAUUGUGACAUGUAUAUGUAUGUUUUAACAAAGUAACAUUUUGAGAAUCUGGGCUUCCAUUUACGCAAGAUCAGGGCAUCUUCCCCCUGCUCCCCAGUGCCCGAGGGGUAUGUGCUCUGUCCCCACCAUUGGUGGGGGAUUCUAGCUUUGUGUAUCCUAAAUCCCUCCCUGCAUCCUCUCUUCUGUUUUCCAUCUGGGCCCUGGCCACCUACGCCUGAGUCUGGAGGGUCAGUGUCCCUUGAAGUGAGGGACAUGCAGCCCCCAAAAGUGAAGUGAACUUGAAUCCUGGGAGGCCGUUACUGGCUACACCAUUUGGGGGCUGGUACCUCACAGGACUGCAGUGAAGUCUACUUAGAUAAUCCAGAAAAGGUGCUCAGAGAUGACUUAACUCCACUCUAGGGCCAGCAACCCCUCUGCUCCCCGUAAGCCUUUCCUUCUUUGUGGGGCCACUCUGAUAGCACCCUUGGAGUGCUCACCUCAGGGAGCACAUGUGUACCACAGCUUACUUGGAAUGCUUCUGGAGGAGCCAGUCUGGAAGGCCAGCCACAGGCCAAGGAGGUGGGCGUAGCUGGCAAAGACCGAGCAGGGGAAGAGCUCAGAGGAGAGUGGUUGGGAAGGUUGUACCUCCAUCUAGUUUUUGAAGUCUCUGGUGGGGAUAGAAUCCAGGGGCUAAAAACCUCUCUAGGCCUUUAGUAUCCUCCAGCUCUCCAGUCUGCAUACCUUGCAGGUUUUCAGUACUUGGGCUGCAUGCCUGAGUUGGGGUCUCUAAUAUCAAAACUGGAAUACCCUUUCUCUUGCUGUGCACAUGGAUUGAGGCCCAGAGAGGAGCCAGGGUCUUGUGCAGGGUCAUAGCAGAGCUGGGGUAAGGACUCAGCUGAUUCCUCUUUUCUGAAAAUUACCCUCAGGUUCUGCAGAGAGGAGCUGGCCUGGUCUUCAGAUACCCAGUUCUAGGUUCUGCUCCGAGUGGUCUUUCUGAAAGACCUUGAGCAAAUCGCGGUGUCUUCCAGGGGAAGGAUUUUCCCCAUCUGUGAGACUUCCUGCCCCACAGCUCUGGGCCUCACAAAAGAUGUCACAGCUCAUCCCCGGUGGGGGGGGGGGGGGUUCUGUAAGCCUGCCCUGUCCAAUCUCAGGCCUCGGUGAGCCUGAGACUAGACAGCAGCUCCUGCUGCCUCUCGGUCAUCUCCCUGGAAGACACACCUCAGCUGGAGUCUGCUGUUCCUGACUCUCCCCUACCAGAUGUGAGCCCCCUUGGUGACAGAGAUGAGAUCAGAGUCACUUAUGUCUCCAGUAGACAGAACAAGACCUGGGGUGGUCAGUUUGCUGACUGGACAAAUAGGAAUUGAACAGAGGUGGUCUUGGCCCUUAGAAAGUUUUCUGGAAGAAUCUUGGUGGCACCAGGUAUGGACCCACCUGUGAGAGUUGGCAUACCAUGUCUGGGUACAGGCUUGUUCCCUUUCUCUGGACACACAUCUUGUCAAAAAUAUUUUCAUUUUAUCUGCUCAGUAUUUUUGUUGAUCCUCCUGGAUCUUAAGAAGCAGUUUGUAUUGCCUUCUCAUUCCUACUUUACAGAUGAGGAAAGCAAGGACUAGAGAGGUGAAGAGAUGAGUCUAAGGCCACAGCUAAUCGAGGUGGCCAGGGACCUGAAUAUGGGCAUUCUGACCAGGAUCUCCCUAUGCCCCUCACAGGACCAAGGGCGUGACGAGAACAAGAAGGCUGCUUAGGUGUUUAGCACACAGUGUGGAAAGGGUGUGAACCCUAUUUGUGGGUCCAUCUGUUUUUUCAGGAUUACACUCCGGGAAAAUAUUCCCAGACUAGAGAGCUCUCAGAAACAGACAUGAGAGAAGUACUUCAUUUGUUGUUUUGGCCAACAGGACCAGGGGAAAAUGGUCCAGGAACAGGAUGCUCUUUGGCAUUCACAGGGUUCUUGGAUCAACAGUGACAGAGCAAACAGGGAGAGUCUAGGAGGAAACUUAAUUCUGGUUGUGUCAGGUUGCAGGAUUUCAGGACAAAUUACAAUUCUCCCCCUUCUAAACUAAAAUUUCUAGAACUUGGUUGUGGUUUUGUCAUAAAAACCUCUUUGUAAUGAGUAAAAUAAACGCAAAGAUUCCAAGCAGCUAGAUUUUGUUGUAAAGCUACUCAGUUUAGUUAAUCAGGCAGUAAUUGGCUCCAUAACUGAGGGCUGUGGCUGGACCCCGGGCAGCAAGGGAAUAGUGCAGCCCAGGAUGUGAUUACAGCCCAGAGGAGGGUUUGCUUUCUCUCAGUGGACAGUCCAAUGGCUUGAAUUUUCUUUUUAGUUUCUGGCCAUCCUGAGAAGUCUGUGUGCUCGGUUCUCAAAUACUGUGACCUUUUUGUUUGGUGUUUUCAUUGUGUCUAGAAACUGAACUCAUCUAGCAAGAAGUGUUGGAUAAGCCCUUAGAAAUCAUUCCACUCCUUUCAAAGCUGGGGAUGCAGCGGCCCAGAGGGAAAGGUCACCCAUCAAGUGGUAGCAGGGCUAAAGCCAGCUGACAUCCUCCCACUUGCAUAUCUGUCUGGUUUAUGGGUGUGGGCUAGGGUCGAAGGUCAGAGAGGAAAGGGUUCCAGGUGAUAUGCGGUGAAUCUAUGGCUUCAUUGCUUUACAGUUAGUUCCUCUGAUGACGGAGGCCAAAAUUUAGCUGUGAUGCUGGGGUGGGGCAAUUAGCUUAACUCUGCCCCCUUAUCACAGACUAAGCCCCUGCUGCCAAUAGCAAUCUCAAAUGUGAACACCUUUCAUUAGCAGGGGAAGGCAGAAGAUGGAAAGGGUAUUGAAUGUGGUAUUUAAUACCUACCUACGUGCACCUACCUUCCCUUGACAACCUUGUUGACUAUGAGGCUGGAAGAAAGGAGCUCAGCUGUAGAUCACUAAAGGUGGGGGAGGUGAUGGCGAGGAAUAUUGGUGUUUGGUGGUGACCACCUGUGCUACAGACUUGAGGUAUCCUUCUUGGAUCCACAGUGUUAUCCUCAAGUUUCCAUGAGGAUGUUGAGGCUCAGUUCCCACAGUUGUCAAGUGAGAGCCAGGACUGAACUGAGACCUUCUGACUCCACAGUCGAUGCUGUUGUCUCUUAUGCUGCUGGUGGGAGUGUUAACAGACACAAUCAUUUUGGAGGCCAAUUUGGCAAAACCUAACAAAACUAAAUGUCCAUAUAGCUUUUUUACUUUCAAAUUCCAUAUUUGGGAAUUUACCCAAUAUUUUUACUGGAACAAAUUUAUAAAGAAUCAUGUACAAAUAUGGUAAUUUCAACUUUCUAACAGCAAAUGGAUGGAUACAACCUAAACAUCCAUCACUAUAGGAGGCUUAAAAUUGUGAUAUAUCCAAACCAUGGAGAAUAUAGCCUUCAAAAAGAAUGAGGUAAACCUACUAAAUAUAUAACCCCACAUAUGUAAAAAGGUAAUGUGUACAUGUAUGAGUUUUAUGUACAGAAAAUGUCUGGAAGAAUACAUAUUGCAUGUGCCCAGCCCUGGGAAGAGGAGAGCUGUGGGGCCCCUCCCCAAACACACUGAGCCUUGGUCCUCGGUGUGGCUGGCUGGCAGCCAGAGGGACUUAGCCUUUAACUGGGAAUUCACUUCCCUCUCUAUCUGUUUUAUGGUUUAAAAAAGGAGGGCCUAGGGAUAUCUUUAUAAAAAAGCAUUGUCUAUUUGGAAGGUCUAUUUACCUAAAUCUUUUUAUAAGGAAACUUAGAAAACUUAAUUCCAUUUUUUUUUAUUAUUCAACAUUUUAUACAUAAUAAAUACAAACUUUUUACAGCCACUGUAAAGAAAGCACAUCUGCACAGAGGCACUCCCUCCAAGCCUGGCCCUGUGCACUGUGAUGCUUGAUUACAUGUCCUGGAGGGAGGGGUUCUUUUUAAAAAGGAGGCAUAUUUUUACAACUUUGUUUUUUUAAAAUAAAAUUAGCAGCUCUUCCAAAAAAUAUUUUAAAAUAUAACAAAAGAUUUCAAAUAACUCUCUGAGAAUGUGGAAAAUCCAGAUUCAAGGACAAUUUGGCUAGCUAAAGAGAGAAUACAAGACUGGGUAGCGAGAACUGCCUGAUUUAAGCACUUGGAAGAUUUUGUAAAGUGCUUUGAAGAUUUUUAACAUGUCAGAGAACUUUAAAAUCUUAAAAAAACACCCUUUUAAUUUCUUUUUUAAACUUAAGAAUAAGUUUGAUAAACACAAAAAGACCUCAAAUAGAUCAACAGGUUAAGAAAUGCAAAAAACGAAACAAAAACCCCAAAUUACGGAGAAGACUCGUCGCUGGGUACUGUCACUGAAGUGAUCAAAUGACUAACUGAAGAUUUCUUCAGCUACAACCUGACUUUUGGUCAAAAAUCCCAUGGGGACAUUUGGCGAGCAUUUCAAGUUUUAAAGAUUCUUAGGAGGGAUGGAGUUUUCAAAGCAUAAUACAACUUUUAGAUCAAAUUCUGCAAAUCUGAUUUCUUAAACAAAAACAAAAACAAA